GUCAAAGAGUUGUUACAGGUUCGAAUAUGACGUGAAACGGGGGACGACGAGGAACCACCAUUAAACGUCUAUUUCGGACGUACUAAAUCACAGUUGAGAUGUGAACGGAAGCCGGGUUACGUUUUGGAAAAGCCAAAUUUCUCAUCCAUCUCAUGUCACUUAUGUUGGCAACUAUUCGGGGGUUGGUAAUAUGGUAUUCAAAUCAAUUAAAAGUUAAUCCGUAUAAAGCAAAUUGUCUUACAUACGGGGUAAUGUACUUAUUCGUGGAGGUUACGCAACAAAAAUUUCUUCUUCAACAAUGUCAAUUGGAUUAUAAAAAGGUUAUUGAAAGGAGUAUGAUGGGCACAUUCGCGCAAGGCCCUAUUAUAACAUCAUGGUUUCGUUGGUUGGAUCAUCAUAUGCCUGGUACUUCAAUGCGAUCUGUUAUGAAAAAGAUCUUUUUAACUCAAAUCUUGUUAGCGCCGAUAACAAAUUUAUCGUUUUUUAUUUUUCUUGGUCUUCUGGAAGGUUCUAAUAAUGUUUUAGGAGAUGCGAUUAAAAAGGCACCAGUUGCAUACUUUGGCGGGAUUAUGUACUGGAUGCCUAUAACAAUAAUAAAUUUUCGUUAUGUACCCAAAUUUUAUAGAGUGGUUUAUAAUUGUGUAUUUGGUUUCUUUUGGACGAACGUUAUGUUUUACAUAAAGCAUCACAGUGUAGAACGUAAUAAGGAAGCUUGCAAAAAAGACGCUGGUUGCCGGAAGAAACAACAGUAAAAAAAUGGAAAUAACUAAAAAAUAUAAAACAGGAUGAUAAUUUUUAUAAAUAAGUCCUCUUACUUUUACGUGACCGAGUAAGGCUGUAAGGUGGGGUCUUUUCAAUAAGAACGAUGAGAUUAAUAAAUCUUACAAAAUGCCAAGGACAACCAUUCAUUUUAAUUAUAUAUUUUCGUAAGGUGCAAAUUAAGUGCAAGUUUUCUGGUACAGCACGAAUGGUUUUUGAGAUAACAACAAAUUUUUUGAACCAUAUCCUAAAAACCCCGGAUGUAACAGACAACAACCAUGAGAGGGAUGAUUUGUUAUCGUGACAAGUUUUAAGCGGACGUGAUAGAUAAUUUUAAGCCGUACGUGAUAAAAAUAAAAUACUCUAUGUAAAAAAAAAGAAUGUUAUAACAAGAUAAAUUUGCCCAAUAUAAAUCAAACUAUUUAAAUUAA